GCCUCUGCACUUCGCAGGUGAGUUCACUUAAAUGUUAAUGAGCAUCCCUCAGUAUCUGUAAGAAGAAAGCGGGUAGCUUUGCGAAGAAAGUCUUCACCUGUCCGCUCGAAGUGUAAAAAAUAACUUUCAAAAACACAAUGAGCGAGUCAGACCAGCUGCAAGAGCCUGAAGAGGUGUCUCAGCUUCAGUGGCCAGAGAAUGGAGAUGAGUGGAGCGACGGAGAGGGUGGCACCAACAUGGACUGUGGGCUUCUGCAGGCCAUGGCAGAGGAGGAUGAGGAGAUCAACGUCUACAAUGAAGAGACGUUUGGAAUGGAUCUUGAUGCACAGGGGACUACAGAGGACCCCAGCAGUGGCCUCCUUCAGUUUGGAGACCUGCCAUGCCCACCAGCAACACCGCCACCACCACCACCUCCUCCUCCUCCUCCUCCUCCUCCUCCUCCACCAGCCCCAUUUCCAGCAGACCCCAAACCACCGUCCCGCCACAGCUCCCCCUCCCCUCCCAGACAGAGGCCUCGAUAUCUGCCCCGGGCUCCUCCAGGGCAGCAUGGCAGAGGUAGGGGACAGAGAAGAGUGCUGGGAAGGGGCCAAAUGUUUGAAGAUCCAGCUGUGAUGAGGAUAGUGCAAGGACGACCAAACCUCAAGGGUCUUGACAGUGCCAUAGUGGACUGUGGGAAUGCCAUGUAUUGGAAUACCUUUGAGGAUGAUUAUAUGGCACCUUCUUCCAGAAAGACCAGAAGAAUCUCAGGAUCAAUACUUCAGGACAGUGCAAUAGUGUGUGUGAUUGAUGGUCGCAGAGGUCAGCACCUGACCUCCAACUUCCUGGAAUUGCCAUAUCCUGUCUCUUCCUUCAGGGGCAGGAGAGGGGAACCCAGAGGAUCCUACCCUAGAAGACAGUUUGGCCAAAGAGGCCCCUCUCAGAUACAUGCAUCCAUUGUGCCGGGAUCCCCCAUCCUCUCACGUCCACCAUUAACCCCUCGGCAAAUUUACAAUCAGACAGGGGGCUUCAUGUUUCCUACGAACCGGCCCUGCCCUUCCACUCCUCAGUCUCUCACUCCAAAGAUGGUGCAACUUCGCUUUGGUGCCAACUCGCCAAGACCGUCCCCCUUUUACAGCCCCUCAUCUAAUUCGGUGCAGCAUUUCAGAUACCCUGGUCCUGUCACCCAGCUCCACCCGCAACAUAAACGACUACUUAGUCAAAAACAGCGUAUAUUCCAAAGAAAACCAGACGGCUGGGAUCCUUACUGUAAUCUCAUGACAGCCAAAGAGAAGGAGUGGAUCACCAGGCUGCAGAUGAUUCAGCUGCAAAGUGAGCAUCCAUACCUUGAAGACUACUAUUACCAGGAGUACUAUCGCCGAAUAGAGGCCAAGAUGGCAGAGGAAGAGCUGGGCAUCAGAGGAAAGAGGGAGCCACCCAAGCUCACCACACCCUACAUCACGAAAACGGACUCCUACACGCCAGUGGUGCACAUUGAAGGAUCUUUGGGUCAAGUUGCUGUGUCCACAUGUUACUCUCCUCGUCGUGCCAUUGGUGCAGUUCACGCGGUCCAAGCUCAAGGUCCACUUGAGGAACAAAAAGACAUCAGACAACAACGGUUAGAGGUCCUCGGCAAAGUAGAAAAGUUGUUCAUUGUUCUGUUGGAGGUCGAGGAAAGGGAGAGGAUGAAAACCACAGUGUUGUCUGAAGCAGAACAGCGAAGGUUGAUGGAGGAGACACAGAGGAAAGUAGAGCACAUCUACUCCCAGCUGCAACGCCAUGAUCCCCUAGAUUCAGGAGAGGAGUUUCUUCCUUUCCUGCUGGUCUCAAAAGGCAAAAAGUUGCUUGCCCGUCUGCUCCCAUUCCUCAAACAUGAUGCUGCACUGAAAAUCUUAAGAAUUGUGACCUCUAAUCUGCCUACACUGAUGAGCAGAGAUACUGAAGAGGCUCUUCCAGUGCUGUACCCGCCUCUUCGAAAUGUGAUUGGAGGCCUGACAUUCAGUCAGCUAAUCAGAGUCCUGAAAGAUCUCACAUCUGAGUCUGUGACGUCCCUCACGCUGGCUUGUCAGAACAAGUUUGGACUGUCCUUAUUGUAUGCUCUCCUGUCCCAAGGAGAGAAGCUGCUGUCCUCAGGUGCUCCUCUAGAGCCCAGCAUUGGUGACUUUGAGACCUGGACUGACACGAUAUUCCAGGUGGCGGGACAGCUGUCCCAAUGUUCUCUGGUGGAGCCGCUCCUCCUGCCCUCAAACCUGCUCACUCUCUUCUGUCGUUACCUGGAUAAGCGGACUGUGCAUCAGCUGAAAAGCAACAUGGAGUCUGCAACUGGAUUUCUGGCUCUUCCAUCUUAAGUGUGGUCAGAAGCCAAUGAGAUGUUCAGCUAAUGACUGGUUUGGUGAGCACUAGAGUGAAAGAAGCAGAGGCACAGCCCUGACAAAAAGUCUCAGUGUUCAUUAUAAACAGAAGCUAUAUGAUAUGUACUCUGACCUAUGUUCAAAAAGUGUUUCAUUCUUACUUCCCCCUCCCUCAUCCCUUCACAUUUUUGCACACUCAGACUGUUUCCAUUUUUGUUUUAUUUCCUUUAUCUGAUCUUUUACUUUCCUCCCUUUGGUCUCUAGUAGGUUACAUCAGUGAAAAUUAUUUUGAAAUUCACAAACCUGAUGUUUUUUUUUUUGUUUGUUUUUUUUUAAACUUUCAUAAAUGUUGCCUUCAUGUCAUGAGAUUGCUAUAUACUAAAUUGGUAACAUUACAUUAACUAGCAGAUGGAGCUGAUUUACUAUCAAACAGCUCUAAAUUUGCACGAUUUCCAAUAUCUGUUAAUAUCAAAUGUUGGACAAGAGACUUGAGGUUUCACUUACUGAAAUAAAUAUGUUGGAAUCAAUUCAGGUGACCAGGUUGAGGAUUGUAUAGUAAUUUGUGAGUGUACAGCUAAAUCUAUAUGUUCAUAAUAAUAAUAAUAAUAAUAAUCAUUAAGAAGCUGUUCUGGCACAGUUCAUCAGAAGCCAUGCACUUUUGGGUUUUUGUUAAAAAGAAAUGCAUUAUGUAAAUGUGUAGCGAUACUGAAUAUGAUGUAUUUGAUGUAAUUUUCCAUCUUAGAUGUUUCAGUUGAAGAUAUUUUUAUUUAUUGUAUUCAUUUGGAAACAGGAUAAUUUAAAUUGUACCCUUGUAGAGCACUUGCAGCACAAAUAAAAAAAAAAAUCUUUAAAAA